AAAAGUCACUCCCUCUCUCUCUCUCUCCUCUUUCUCUGCUUUCUCUCCCCUCUCUCUCUGCUCUGUCUGCUCACUUCUGCACCUGUUUUGGCAGCACUCACUCUCUUUUCAUUUCACUUCAUUGUCCUCCUCCUCCAUUGAAACCCUCUCCUCUCUCAAAAGUGAAAACCAAAAAAGCCCCCGUCUUUGCUCUCAAAUCUCUCUGACUUACCAGAGCUCCCAAAACCCAGCUCCGACAAGCUUCGCUCUGCCAUUUCCAUGGAAGCGGCGCCGUUUUAGCCGCACCCAGAAGCUCCAAACCCAAAGCUCACAUCUUCUUUUUGUAUUUUUUUUCAACCCAUUGCUCUUAAAUGUCAAAAAGUACACAACUUUAAGGAGUUUUUAGUCGUUUUUUCAAGACACCCACGAAAAAUGGGGUGCGCCCAAUCGAGAAUCGAAAACGAGGAAUCCGUGUUGCGAUGCAAGGACCGCCGGAACCUGAUGAAAGAGGCGGUGGUGGCCAGGAACGCCUUCGCUUCCGGCCAUUCUGGCUACGCCGUGGCCUUGAAGAACGCCGGUGCCGCGUUGAGUGAUUACGGCCAUGGAGAAACCCAAGUGACCCCGGAGAUGGAAAUCCUUCACAGCCAACAUCAGCCGAUGGACCCCGCAUCUGAGCCGCCGCCGCCUCCGCCGCCCCAUCUCGAGAACCUGAACCUUCCGCCGCCUCCGCCGCCUCUGCCCACUUUCACUCCAAGCCCGAUCAAGCGGGCCACCAGCAUGCCAGUGAUGAGCUCUGAGGCUCGGAAAAUGGGGGGUCGGAGAGUUGGGCUGGCCAUUGCGGAGGAGGAUGAGGAAGAAGAGGACCAUGAACAUGAUGAUGAGGAUGAGAGCCAUAAAGGUUUUCAGAGGAGAUCGAGAAAUGGGGCUUCGGAGACGACAUCGUCGCCGCCGAGGACGCCGGAGAUGAAGGCGGUGCCUCCGAUGCCGGAGUCGAAGGGCAUGGCUUGGGACUAUUUCUUUAUGGUGGAUAACAUGCCGGGACCAUCUUUGAGUGAGAAUGAAGAGGCUGAGGAAUUUGGUGAAGAUGAGAAUAUGGGGGUUGGCGGCGGCGGCGGCGUUGAUUUGGCUGAUGAGGUUGAGCCCAAGACUCCGGAGAAGGUGGAGGAGAUUGAGGAGAAGGCGGAAGAGGAAACUCCGGUGGCAAUCGAGCAUUCGAAAACUGCGCCACCGGAGUUUAGCAGGAGAGUAGCUAAUGUGAUUCCUGGUGUGACUUUGAUGGACAUAUUGAAUAAGAUUGACGAUCAUUUCUUGAAGGCCUCGGAGAGUGCUCAGGAGGUUUCGAAGAUGCUCGAGGCCACUCGGUUGCACUAUCACUCGAAUUUCGCAGAUAAUCGAGGACACAUUGAUCACUCUGCAAGGGUCAUGCGUGUUAUUACGUGGAAUAAGUCUUUCAGAGGCAUGCCAAACGGUGAUGGGAAGGAUGAAAACUCAGAAGAUUAUGAAACUCAUGCCACUGUUUUGGAUAAGAUGUUGGCAUGGGAAAAGAAACUUUAUGAUGAAGUGAAGCAAGGGGAGCUUAUGAAGGUCGAGUAUCAGAGAAAAGUUGCGGUGCUGAAUAAGCAGAAGAAACGCAGUGCUAGUGCUGAAACAUUGGAAAAAACAAAAGCAGCUGUAAGUCAUUUGCAUACAAGAUACAUAGUUGACAUGCAGUCCAUGGAUUCUACAGCUUCAGAAGUAAAUCAAUUACGGGAUGAGCAGCUGUACCCUAAACUUGUUUCUCUAGCUGAUGGGAUGGCAAAAAUGUGGGAGAACAUGUGCACACAUCACGGCAGCCAGUUGAAGAUUGUUACAGACCUAAAGUCCCUAGACAUUCCCCAUACUCCGAUGGAAACAACCAAGCACCACCAUGACCGCACUGUCCAGCUUUGGAAUGUUCUCCAAGAAUGGCAUUCUCACUUUGAAAAGCUUGUGACUCAUCAAAAACAAUACAUCCAAGCUCUUAAUAGUUGGUUGAAGCUAAAUCUCAUACCUAUCGAGAGCAGCUUAAAAGAGAAAAUCUCAUCCCCGCCAAGAGUUCAGCGUCCACCAAUCCAAGCUCUCCUCCAUUCAUGGCACGAUUCUCUUGAAAAGCUUCCUGAUGAACUCGCAAAAUCUGCAAUAUCGUCCUUUGCGGCUGUGAUAAAGACCAUCAUACUUAAUCAGGAGGAAGAGAUGAAGCUAAAAGAGAAGUUUGAGGAGACACGGAAGGAGUUUCUGCGUAAAAGUCAGGCCUUCGAAGACUGGUACCAAAAGUACGCGCAAAGACACGCGGAAAUGGAUCAGGAGAGAGGUGAAGAUGCAAUUCCCAAGGAUCCGGUCUCAGAGAAGAAAUUCAUUGUUGAGAGCUUGAAGAAGAGAAUGGAAGAGGAAUACGAAGCUCACCAGAGACACUGUAUCCAGGUGAGGGAGAAGUCACUUGGGAGUCUCAAAACUCGCCUGCCUGAGAUCUUCCGCUCCAUGACAGACUACGCUAAUGCCUGUUCCGAGGCUUAUGGAAAACUGAGGUCCACCACAGAGGCACAAGUAUGAAAUGGUGAUGUCCUAAUAUGCGUAUGAUUUGUUUUGCUAGGAAGUAGGAGGCUUUUGUACUGUUUUGUAUGCGGAAAACUUGUUUCGGUUAGUGAUAUCUUUGUCCUCUGGAAAUUUUGCUGAAACAUGCAAAUCAUGCACAGGAGGCAAUGAAGUUGUGACUCGAGGGAAAUUUCAUGCGACUUGUUGGGCUUGUUCUUUUUCCUGAUGGAUUUAAUAUUAGCAUUACAAAAUAGUUAUAUUUUGCU